GAUUUUCACCAAGUCUUGUUUGACAGCAUCAGCACAAAAUCAUUAUUUUGCUGACGAAGAGUGGGUUUAAAAUUCUGAGUGAUAGUUUCGGAAAGCUAGUAUUAGACGUCCAUUUUUCCGAUAUAAGGCGUAUCCACCAUCGACUAGUAAGUGGCGUUCCAAUACUGAGAUCCAGCGUAAGUGGCACGUGAAAAAAAAACUAUGGAGAACAACGGUACUGGCGAGGAACAGCAAGGUGGACAACCUCCUCUUUUCGACAAUGUGGACAUCACCUCUCCGGAUGAUGAGAACGAGAACGACAUCUUUGAAUCUGCCAUUCAGGAGCCGCUCUCGCCCGUGCUGGAAGACGUUCCUACCACUGAAGCAGGGGAUGUAUUUAUCGAAAUAUCUGUAUCCGAGCCUCAAAAAGUCGGUGAUGGCAUGGGUUCCUAUCUGGCCUUCAAGGUAUCAACCAAAACCAACAUUCUCAAGUUCAAAAAACGCCAAUUCUAUACACUGCGUCGCUUCAGCGACUUUCUCGGACUGCAUGAUUUACUGGUGAGUAAGUACUUACGACUCGGACGUAUUAUUCCACCUGCUCCGGAAAAGAAUAUCAUCGGCUCCACCAAGGUAAAGAUGGGUAGUCAACCUCAGAGUGAACCUGGAACAGGAAUUAAUCUGGAGUGGGUAGAAAAUAGACGCGCUUCGCUGGAACGUUUCCUAAAUCGUGUAGCGCAGCAUCCGUAUCUGUGCCAGGACAGUGACUUUGUGAACUUCUUGGAAAGCGAUCAAGAACUGCCGCGGGCUGUUAAUACGGCUGCUCUUAGUGGAGCUGGAGUGAUGAGACUAUUCAAUAAAGUUGGCGAGACUGUCAAUAAAAUUACAUACAAAAUGGAUGAAACCGACCCGUGGUUCAAUGAUAAAAUCAACGAAGUAGAGACCAUCGAUGCCCAUAUGCAGAAGUUACAUUCUGCAAUUAAGGCACUGGUCACCCAUCGUCGAGAGUUGGCCACUCUAACAGGAGGCGUGGCGAAAUCGGCUGCCUUAUUGAGCACCUGUGAAGAGCACACAGGCCUGUCGCAAGCACUUUCACAGUUGGCCGACGUUGAGGAGAAAGUUGAACUGCUUCGUUCGGAACAAGCAAAUUCUGAUCGCUACAUCCUGUCGGAAACCAUCAAAGACUACAUCGGACUGUUUGGAGCAAUCAAAGAUGUAUUUCACGAACGUGUUAAAGUGUUCCAAAAUUGGCAGCAUGCUCAAAUGCAGCUUACGAAAAAGCGCGAAAAUAAGGCAAAACUUGAGCUGCAGGAGCGAAGGGAUAAGCUGGAUUUGGCACAAAAGGAAGUUGAAGAGUGGGAAGCCAAAGUGCAACGCUGCCAGAAGGAGUUUGACAAUAUUUCCAGUGAAAUUAAGAAGGAAAUGGAACGAUUCGAAUUGAACCGUGCGCGUGAUUUCAAACUAACUAUCGUUAAGUAUUUAGAAGAUCAAAUGGCGCACCAACAGCAGCAAAUGAAAUACUGGGAGGCAAUCGUGCCGGUUGCCAAGGAAAUUGCUUGAGACGAACUGAACGCGACGACGAGCACGAUUUGCACCGACGACGAAAACAGUAGCAGCUGGAAGCUGUCCAACACGUUGCGUCUGUCCAUUAAUCUCGCCGACGCCAACGCUAGAAUUUCAUAGAUUAAGCCGAUCUUCUUGUUAGAGUUUCAUCAAAUAUUCCGACAUGAAUUAUUCAUUAUUACAGCAUGCAUUUUGUUAAUAUUCGUUACGUUGCUUAAAAACACAAUUGCAAAAUUUAAUAUGGACAUUUACGUAGAAUAUUUUUGUUCCCGGAUAGCAAAGCUAAUACCUGCGAUAAAGUGAAACGACCAAUAUCAAAGUUUGAUCUUUUUUUCUCAUCGCAAAAUAUGUAUGUAUAUAAUAUGUUGAUUCGACUCGAAUAGCUCAGAGCUCUAAGUAUGGAAAAACAAAUGGACAUAUCGAGCGAUUGCUGAUAUUUAUCCGAAUGCUGUGUAAAUAUAUGGUAUUGAAUAGUGAACGACCCUUCCAAAUUGUAGCAAAACCAAAUCAUUCGAUCAGCGACGAUUGUCCAUUAAAUUCAUCGUCGAAUGAUGUUUUUUUCCAAGUGUGCGUGUACUGUGGUAGAAUAAGGCAUUGUAAUAAUAUUCAGAUGAGCUCUCAUGGUUUCUGUUCAGACACUAUUGACAUAUUAGUGCGGAGAUGCAACAAUUUAAGAACAGUAGAUAUUUUGGUUUAAACGAAUUAUACACAUCUAUUUGAUACCGAAACGUGCGACGAAAAUACUAGAUUAAACUUAUCGCAAUUAUUGUAGGCAAAUUGAUAUAAUACCGCAUACCCAACGUGGCUAAAUUGUUCAUGAGCAGAAGUUUAGUAAACAUUUUAAACUUUUUCCCAUUUUGGCCUGCAUUUAUGAUCUGCCUCAUUUCUAAGCAUGUAGUUUUAUAUAACUCCUAGUACUCGGUUGAGCGUAAAACGUGAAACUUUGCGUCCGUGCGAAACAAUCAAACUUACACCCAAUCAUGAGAACCUAAUAAUAGCUAAAGCAUUCCAUAAACCGACAUUUUUAAGGUAAUCAUUUUUAGUGGACAACGGCUUCGAUUCGUUCUGUAAUCAGCAUACUUACUUUGCUACAAAAAAGUAUGACAAAGGUGACGCAACUGUCAGCAUCCAAAGCGCCAACAAUCUACUACGUGGUUUUUUUUUUUCAUUCGUGUGGACAUCCUUACCGUUACUAUUUAGUCGAUAACGAUUAUGUUCUAUGUGCUAUGUACACUAGCGUGAUACUUGAUAAUUGUCUAUAUUUCAUACAAAAAAGAAAAAUUAUGAAUUAUUGUUAACUAUUUCUCUUUGAAAAGUAUAUAUCUGAGAGCUAUUGAAGGAAUAAAGAUUAAGUACUCAAUAAAA